AUGGGAACAACCAGAGAAUGGAUCAAUGAAGACGAUGGACUUGCAAAGGUACUCAAGCACUAUGGUGUGAGACACAAGGUAGCUCAUCCACAGACAAAUGGGAAAGUUGAGGUUUCUAAUAGGGAGUUAAAGAGGAUUCUAGAAAAGACAGUUGCUUCAUCAAUAAAGGAUUGGUCUCAGAAGUUAGAUGAUGCUCUUUGGGCAUAUCGAACCACAAUGAAGACAACUAUUGGAUUAUCUCCUUUCCAAAUGGUCUAUGAAAAGGCAUUUCACCUUCUGGUGGAGAUGGAACAUCGAGCUCUGUGGGCCUUAAAAUUUUUGAAUUUUGAUCCUUGUGACACUGCAGAAAAGAGGAGAAGGCAAAUUAUUGAGCUUGAGGAUAUGCGGCUGCAUGCCUAUGAUUCUUCCAAGAAUUACAAAGAAAAGGUGAAAUUUUGUCAUGACAGGAAGCUGGUAAAAAAAGUCUUUAAUCCAGGACAGAGGGUGCUUCUGUUCAAUUCACGACUAAAACUUUUCCAUAAAAAGUUGAAGUCCAAGUGGUCUGGUCCGUUUAUGGUCAAGAAUGUCCUUCCACAUGGAGCAGUUGAGUUGACAGAUCCAUCCUUUUAA